AUGAGCUUAUCUUCCAUUGGGGUCAUCGGUGCCAUCAAUGAGUGUAUCACUUUGUUUCAGUGGGCCAAAUCCGCCAUUUCAUCUCUGCACUCCCGAUGGAGUGGCUCACAGCAGCAAGAUCUCCAAGGUCGUAUAUCACAGUUGGAGAGUGGCCUACAAGGUCUCAGGGAUACUCUUCCCAUAAUGCAUGACCUCAUUAAUAAAGCAGAGUGGAGGAGCCAUGAUGACGUUGUGGCAAGUCUCCUUCCGAAACUCAAGGAUUCAGUGUCUGACGCCGAGGACCUUAUUGAUGAGUUUAGUUGGUAUGAGAAGAAGGUGCAAGUGGAGGGCGAUGCAGGCGAGUCUCCUUUCAUUGAAUUCUUUGAUAGUGUAAUCCAAGGUAGCUUCAAUAAGCUGAAUGAUGCCCAAUUGAGAUUGGAUCGUCUUUCGAGUCAGCUAAAGGAUAUCGGGCUUCAUGGAGUUACACAGCGAUUUGAAAAAUUUGUCAGGCCGGAGACCACCUCUUUCCCAAGUGAAACAAAAAUAUUUGGUCGUGAUAAGGAGCUGGAGCAAUUAUUGAGAUUUCUCAAUGUACCUGAGAAUUCAAAACGCAAGAGAGCAACUAGAUCAAUCAAUGUAUCAACAAGCAACCAUGUUGGUAACAAAUCAAGAAUAUUCUGUCUUCCUGUUUUGCCAAUAGCUGGAAUUGGUGGUGUUGGAAAGACUACUUUGGCCCAGCUUAUCUGCAACCAUCAACGAGUGAGGUCCCACUUUGACCUGAUAAUUUGGGUUUGUGUCUCAGAUGACUUUGAUGUGAAGAGGCUAACUAAAGAGGCCAUACAAUCCUGUACUAGAAAUGAGGGAACAAACGAUAAUCUGGAUUCUCUUCAGCAUGCUCUUUCAAACAAAGUGGAAAACAAAAGGUUAUUGAUAGUCCUAGAUGACAUGUGGGAUGAAGCCUUGAAGGAAAAUGGACAGUGUUGGAAGAGGUUUUGUGCACCUUUUAGAAAUGUCCAAGAGGGAAGUAUGAUGUUGGUCACCACUAGAUGUCCAAAAGUUAUAGAGGGGGUGCGCACAAUGGAUCCGGUUAACUUAGAAGGUCUAAAGGAUGACGUCUUUUGGAAUUUCUUCAAAUUGUGUGCGUUUGGAUCUGAGGAGUCUAACAAUGAUGCCGAGUUAGAGCGCAUUGGUAGAGGAAUACUUCGUAAACUGAAGGGUUCUCCUUUGGCUGCCAAAACGUUGGGACGUAUGUUAAGCAUGGACCUUCAAGCAUCACAUUGGAAUUUUAUACUUGAGAGUCAACUAUGGGAGUUGAGACAAGAGGAGACAGAUAUUUUGCCUGCGCUUCGGUUGAGCUACAUGUAUUUACCAUUCUAUUUGAAGCAGUGUUUCGCAUUUUGUGCGGUGUACCCAAAAGAUUACAAAUUCCAGAAGGAACGCUUGGCUGAAAUUUGGGUAUCAGAAGGCUUUGUGGAACCGCAAGGUGGUGUUCCAAUUAAAGUUAUUGGCCAUCGCUAUUUUGAAGACCUUGUAGCACGGUCCUUCUUUCAAAAAGUUGGUGGUGGAUAUGUAAUCCAUGACUUGCUGCAUGACAUGGCUCAAAAGGUUUCUGAGCACGACUGCUUCAUCUUAAGAAAUAAGAGUGACUUUGAUAAGGUUCCCCAGAAUGUUCGUCAUCUUUACGUACUCCCUAGCCGCGACUUUGAUGAUUCCAACUUGUUGACACUAUGCAAGUACACGAAGCUGCGUACCCUAAUUUGCAAGAAGAAUUUAGGGCAAAAGACAUGUUUUGCAAUGGCUCAUUGGUGUACUAAUCUUUUGCGUAUGCGUGUUAUUUCUUGUGCCUUCACAAAUAAGUUACCAGAUAAUAUUGGCAACUGGAAGCAUCUUCGGUACCUUGAAAUCUCGAGAGCUUGUCCUUCAAAGAGGAUUCCUUCAUCUUUCUGUUGGCUAUAUAAUCUGCAGAUUUUAAAAGCCAAGAAAUGCAUGCUAGAAAACUUGUCCAAUGACUUUGGUAAGUUGACCGGUUUACAAAAAUUCGAACUACAUGGAUUUACUCUUGAUUCACGGAGGAUAAACUUAAAUGAUAUACACGCAAUUGGUACCUUCCCAUCACUGUCAGUGACAGACCUAACCAUUGAGAGGAACCAAAAUAUAUCAAGCCUGGAACAAUUUCUGCAUCCAGAGUGUGUACCAGCCAUCAAGAAAAUCAGAAUUGAAUAUUGCACUAUGUUGGCAACAAUACCAACUGAAAAGUUUGGGGAUUUGCAUUUCCUUGAAGAGCUGGACAUCGGCUCUUGUCCAAACAUCCGCUCCCAAAGACUGGUAUCGUCGUCCCUUAAGAAGCUCAUCCUGCGUGGUGCUGGUCUCUUUUGCAAUAUUGAUUGCUGCUCCCUCACCUACUUUUAUUUAGCAAGUGGGCGUGUCACGACCAUCCAACUACAAACGUGGAGUCUUCCAUCUCUACGGGAGUUAACCAUCAUUUGCCAAUCUCUUACAUCUAUUGGAGGCAGCAUUACAACAUUCUCAUCCCUUACUGUCCUAACAGUUAAAUAUUGUUAUAAAUUGUUAACCCUUGAUGAUCUCUUAACACAAGAAUGUCUACUUGCUAUUGAGGAAAUUCACGUCACAGAUUGUCUCGAGUUACUAUCCCUGCCAUUUGAAAGGUUUGGGAGUUCGCCUAAUCUGAAACAUCUGGUGGUUGAUAACUGCCCAAGUCUCAACUGGCAAAGAGGCUUGGUGUUGCCAUCAUCUCUCCAAAGGCUCAGCUUACAGUGGUGUGGGAAUAUCUCUCCAUAUGUUCCGAGCUGCCUACAGAGCCUCACAUCCCUUGUCUCACUUGAAAUUGGUGGAUGCAAUGGUAUAACAUCCAUUCCAGGCAACAUUUGGCACAGUUAUCUCGCUUCUCUUGAGAACUUGGUGAUUCAGGAUUGUCCAAACCUAGUUUCAAUUGGUGGAGCAAACGCAGUUGCACAAAUAAAAAAGGUGAUGAUACUCAGAUGUCCAAACUUAGAGGAAGCAGAGCAGAUCAAUAGAUGA